UACCUGUGUGGUGCAUGUUGUGUACAAUACCUCUGAUGACCAGCAGAGGGUGGUGUCUGCACUCUGUCCAUGGAUACAAAGUGUAUUUUGUCAGAACUUUUUCACAGUUUGUCAGUUCACACACUUGGAAUCAUGUUAUAUUCGCUCAUGUGUGAUACUCUGUAGGUCUGCUGUCAGUCUGGAGGGGAUUUCAUAAGCUUUCUGUGUGCUGAGAGAACAUAUGAGGACAUUCCCAGUAGGCUGGAGGUCCUCCUCCUCCUCCUCCUCCUCCUCCUCCUCCUCAGUUCAGCCGGUUAAACAGUGCCAUGGAACCGGACCUGGGUGCGCCAUGAACGGGCCGCAGUUAAAUGAACUACCGGAUGAGUCGGAGCAGCUGCAGCCGUUCUUGGUCCAGCUGAGGCGGGCCGCCCUGCAGGCCACCGGCCCGGCCCCGGUCCGGACCUUCUCCGACGGGUUCCUCCUCAAGUUUCUGCGGGCCAGAGACUUCGACGUGGAGCUUUCACUGAAGCUCUUACUGAACUACCAGCAGUGGCGGAAGGACAGUCCUGAAAUCAGCAGAUAUCUGUGUCCCCUGUCGGUGCUGGGCCUCCUCAACACAUCGUAUCAUGCCGUCCUCCCCCAGCGGGACCACGCAGGCAGCAGAGUCCUCAUCUACAGGAUCGGUCAGUGGAGUCCGAAAGACUGGUCGGCCUUCCAGGUGUUCAGCAUCAGUCUGAUGACAUCCGAGAUCAUCUCCAUGGAGACGCAGACACAGAGGCGGGGUCUGAAGGUCAUAUUUGACCUGCAGGGGUGGAGUCUAGGCCAUGCCCUGCAGAUUACCCCCUCCCUCGCCAGGAAGAUCUCCUCUGUGCUUCAGGACUCUUUUCCACUGAAAGUCAGAGGAAUCCAUCUGGUCAACGAGCCCAUCUUCUUCCGGCCGGUCUUCGCCACGAUUCGUCCGUUCCUGCCCGAUAAGAUCAAGCAGAGGAUCCACUUGCACGGCUCUGAUUAUCACGACACUUUAGCUGAUUUCUUCUCGUCGCCCGUCCUUCCUCCUGAAUACGGAGGGGAGGGGCUUGGCAUAGAGGAGGCGUGUCAAGACUGGACCAAUCAGCUGCUUCAGUCUGAACAGCUUUUGCAGCAGAUCGCCGUUCACCCAACAGGUGACAUCGCCAUCCCAGCUGAUGAGGUGAUCUCAGAUGAAAAAGCAGACGAUGAGGGCUGAUGGGUUUUCUUCCAUGUUACAUUCUCAUCUACUGCGUGGAUGUGGUGGAUGGCCAUCAUCACUUCAGUGACAGCAGAAGGUGGAUACCUGAUGCACACUGGAGCAGGAAGGACACAUUUAAUGUGCAGCUUUUUCAGAUUUCAGCUCUUGAGCCAUGUGGCUGAGUUGAUGUUUACAGUGUAUGACUCUGUUUUUGUGACCAACGAAGCAAAGACAUUGAUGGUACAACAGAAGUCAAGAAGCUGAGGUUUACGUCUGUGUUAAACUGCAUUUUUUUUUUUUUUUAUCUUGAGGGGACUGUGUGCAGAGGUACAUUUAUUUUUUUAAUGAAUCAGUCUUUAUUCAUAUAUUUUCCAAAUGCUUAACCCUUGUGCAUCCCUCUAAUUUACUAUCCUCUGGAUAGUGUUUUUUUUUUUACAUUAAUCUUUCAAACCACUUCAUUUUUGCUCAAAACUAUCAAAUGUUUAAUAAUUUUCAGGAUUUUAACUGUUAAAAUGCUAGAAUUCAAGUUUAAAAAGUGGCAACAACAUCAAUUUCAUUGCAUCACUAGUUUUAAGUGAGAUUAAAAAGGUGGUUUCAGUGUAGGUCAAUGAGGCAUUUUUGACCAUCAGAGUCCUGCACUGAAUGAAAAACUACUAAUUCAAUCAAAUGAGUGUUAGGGCUAAUCUCUUAAAGUGGUUUAAGGGAUUUAUGAAAAAUAGAUCUUGAUAUAGAAUGCCUCUAGUGCUACUCACACUGGUGUAUGAAUGUGUAUGAGUGUUUGGUGGUGGUCAGAGGGGCUGUUGGUGUGGACUGGACGUCGUAGCUGUGGUUCCAGAUGUGGUUUACCACCACCAGUGUGUGAAUGUGAGAGUGAAUGAAUAAUGGAUCCAAUGGAAGCGCUUUGAGUACGCAAAAUGAAAAAGCUCUAUAUAAAUCUAAUCCAUUAUUACUUAUUAUUAUUUUUGUCACAGUUUUUUGCAUUUACACAUUUGGUUUGAGGGUCCCCAGAUGGUACAGAAAGUGUAUAAUAGACCUGUAAGAGUAAAUGACAAAAUCAACGCAAAAAGACUUUAGCACCUACUAAACUACAAGUACAAUUCAGAAAAAGUGAGAGUCUGGAAAAGACAUACAAAAACUAGUCCUUUAAGAGCAAAAAUGGAACCAGUUAAUUGUAGUUUAAAUCAUUGAAAAGUAUUCCAACAGUGUCCCUCAGACAAAAGUUGGAAUUUGGAUUUUUCACCCUCUGCACUGCAGAUAAGAAUGAACGGAUUCUGGUGGAAUUUCUGCAUGUACAUCAGACAAACCUAAGCUGAAGUGACAUGGGAUCACUCAGGCGCCACUGCAUCAAGGACCAUAAUUCAUCUGUUAAUGCUCCAAUUACUUGUGUGACCAUUUUUUAAAAACUUGAUUACAGAUUGAAGAAACAUACUUCCAUACCUGCAUUUGUUUUCUCUGUGCUGUUGUUAGUCUGAACCCUACACUUUAAGACCACUUCAGUCAAAUGUACCAAGUCAAAUCAUUCCUCAGGUCAGGAUCUGUGUCUAGGGCAGAGGCGAUUUCUCCCAGACUGCAGUAGAAACUCAGCUUCUCCUAAAAUGACUCAGAUUAAAUGGUUAAAUCUGUUCGGUUGUGUUGACAUUUCAUUGACUCCAAAUGUGUUAGAACACGUUCAUCUCACAGACGAGUUCGUUCAGAAUCAGCU